AACCCUAAAUCCCCAAAUUGGGCAGCAAAAUUUUGCAAUUACUCCAAUCCCUAGAUUCCCAAACCAACUGGAAUUCAGCUUUUCCCCAAAACCCUGAAAAAUGGUUCUUCCAUGAAUACACAGGAACCAUGAAACCCCUCCUCCGCCCCAUCCACUACUUCAUUCCCAAACCCCCAUGGCGGCGCCGCUACUCCCACACCCAACCAGACCCAUCUCCCACCGCCCAUGACCUCCUCACCAUCCUCAACAAAUCCGACGGCGCUGAAUCCCUGAUCUCACACCUCUCCAAUAACAAGCUCAUCUCUCUGAUCCAAGAACACCACACAAACCCACAAUUGGGCUUUCGCCUCUUCAUCUGGGCCACCCAAAGAUCCAAGCUUUGCGCCCGAAUGUGUCGUUCCGCAGUGAUUGACAUGCUCCUGGGGGACGAUAAUGGUGUUGAACUCUACUGGAGGACUCUGGAGGAGUUCAGAGAUUGCGGGAUUCGAAUCGGGUGUGAUGCAUUUUCUGUGCUGAUCAGAGGGUAUGAUAAGCUGGGCAUUGCCGAGAAGGCGGUGGAGGCUUUUUCAAGGAUGAAAGAUUUCGAUUGUAAGCCUGAUGUUUAUACUUACAAUGCGGUUUUAUAUGUUUUGGUGAGGAAAGAAGUGUUUUUGUUAGCUUUAGCUGUGUAUAACCAAAUGUUGAAGUGUAAUCUUAGUCCCAGUAGGACUACCUAUAGCAUUUUGAUCAAUGGGUUUUGCAAGAGUAGGAAAACCCAGGAUGCGAUUCAGAUGUUUGAUGAGAUGACACAGAGGGGGAUUGCACCCAAUACCGUUACUUAUACUAUUAUCAUUUCCGGGUUGUGCAAGGCAAAGAGGGCUCAUGAUGCGCAUAGGCUGGUCGAUACGAUGAAGGAAACCGGGUGUACUCCUGAUGUGAUUACUUACCAUGCUUUGCUUGAUGGGUAUUGUAAGUUAGGUAGGCUUGACGAAGCUUACGCGCUCGUGAGGUUAUUGGAGAGGGAUGGUUAUGUUCUUGGAGUGGAGGGAUAUAGUUCCUUGAUUUUGGGUUUAUUUAGAGCUAGGAGGUUUGAUGAGGCACAUGAGUUGUAUGGGAAGUUGAUCGACGAGGGGAUUGAGCUUGACGUUAUCUUGUGUACUAUAUUGAUUAAGGGGCUGGCAGACGCUGGCAGGGUUACGGAUGCUUUGAACUUCUUGAGUGAGAUGAGUAAGAAAGGUUUGGUUCCAGAUGCAUACUGUUAUAAUGCUGUCAUCAAAGGGUUCUGUGAUUUAGGUUUUUUGGAUGAAGCUCGAUCUCUCCAUCUUGAGAUUUCGAAGCAAGAUUGCUUCCCUAAUGCCUGCACUUACACCAUUCUCAUUUGUGGUAUGUGCAGGAAUGGGCUGAUAGGGGAAGCAGCACAGAUAUUCAAUGAGAUGGAGAAGCUUGGAUGUGUUCCUUCUGUUGUAACCUUCAAUGCUCUUAUUGAUGGGCUUUGUAAGGCUUCUAAGCUUGAGGAUGCACAGUUGCUGUUUUACAAGAUGGAGAUAGGAAAAAAACCUUCAUUAUUUCUUCGUCUUUCUCAAGGUAGUGAUCGGGUUAUUGAUAGUGCGAGUCUUCAAAAGAAGGUGGAGCAAUUGUGCGAGUCAGGAUUGAUUCUUCAGGCCUAUAAACUUCUGAUGCAGCUAGCUAGUAGUGGGGUUGCCCCUGACGUCAUCACUUACAACACUCUAAUCAAUGGGUUUUGCAAAAAUGGAAACAUAGAUGGUGCUUUCAAACUCUUCAAGGAUAUGCAAUUGAAAGGGAUUGCCCCAGAUUCUGUUACAUAUGGAACACUUAUAGAUGGACUUCAAAGGGUUGAAAGAGAAGAAGAUGCCUUUGUGGUCUUUAAUCAAAUGGUGAAGAAUGGAUGCACACCUAGCUCUGAAGUUUACAAAUCACUGAUGACUUGGUCUUGCAGGUAUAGCAAGGUUUCAGUAGCUGUUAGUCUUUGGUUGAAGUACCUGAGCAGCCUUCCUCACAGAGAAGAGGAAGCAAUCAAAGCAAUAGAGGAAAAUUUUAAAGAGGGGCAAAUUGAGAAGGCAAUCCAAGGCUUACUUGAAAUGGAUGUAAAGUUUAAAGAUUUAGAUUUAGGACCGUACACUAUUUUGCUCAUUGGUUUGUGUCAGGUGCAAAGAGUGGGUGAAGCUCUGAGAAUGUUUUCUGUACUUCAGGAGUACAAAGUCAAUGUCACUCCACCAAGUUGUGUGCACUUGAUAAAUGGUCUCUGCAAAGAAGGGAAUUUGGACCUGGCAAUAAAUGUUUUCCAUUAUACUCUGGAGAGGGGUUUCAUGUUAAUGCCCGAAAUAUGCAAUAAGCUGCUCAAGUGUCUUCUUCGUUCCCGAGACAAAAAGGACCGUGCCUUUGAUCUCAUUCGUAGGAUGAGAAAUUUUGGAUAUGAUCUUGAUGCUUGUCUUCACCAGACUACAAAGUUACUUCUACAAUUUCACUAGACCAUGAUGGAAUUGGUAAUUUGUGUCAAUACAUUUUGUUCAUGGCUGACACUAAGGAGGAGCUACUUUGAUCUUAUAUACACAAAUGGCAACAAUUCUUGACCAGUGGUUCGUUCCCAGGCUUGUCUGUCGGUCAAAUUAUAUCUACUCCAUUGAUUGAAUUUUUCGCCCAUGAAUCUUCAGUUCAAUGUGAGAUUACUGUCAGGAAAUUGUUUUGGAACAGAGAGCUUGUUGCACAAUCUGACACCCCCUUGGAUCAAACCUUGUCUUUUUCACCGGCAUUGGUGCAUAGGAGGGUUGCUGUAGAUUUUUCAGAUUACCAGAGAAAUAAGUAGGAGAGUGCUUCGUAUGAAGUGGAUGACAUGGAUCAUUUUCUAUGCAUCCAAAAUUUUUGUAAUUUACACAGUGAAAUCCUUGUAAGAAUAUCAACUUGAGAAACAGGAAGGUUAUCUUUCCCUAA